AUGCCGUCCAUUGCUGAGCUGCGGAGCCGUCUGGAUCGCGCGCAGACGAAGGUUGCGGCGACACGUCUGAGCAGCUCGCAGUGCAUCGACCUCGUGCUGAAGGUCUGCCAGAAGCGCAACAUCACCUUGAUUCCUACGCUUGAUGGCGAGGAGCUGCUGACGCUGCAGCAGCUGGAGCUGGAUUUGGUGGCCGCUAUCGAAUCCCGAGGAGGUCGAGCUGCGGUGUCUGAACUUGCCGCAGUCGUCGGGGUACAGCAGAACUAUGUGGACAGGACGGUUGAAAAGUUGCUGAAGGAACACCCUGACCGUUACAUGCGCCUGCAAGACACGUUGAUCACGACCGGUUAUACCGAUUGGCUGACGGACACUGCCAGCCGCCGCCUGCAAGAAUGUGGCGUAUUGAACGUUUGCGACUUCGCAAGCGAAUUCGGACUACCUUUCGACUUGAUGAAGCUGCUGAUAACGAAGUCAAAAGUGGUCAAAGGUAGAUUGAAUGGGACGCUGCUGGAGUCAAGAGGUUAUGAGGCAUGCAAGGAGAGGUGUGUCUUAUCUGCGUUGGCUGCCACCACGGUGCCCACUCCCACGAUGCACCUGGCGAAAGUCACCCGUAUAGACAUAAACCUCGUCAACGAUGUGGUUGGGCGUCUUGUUAACGAGGGGAAAGUGAGCGGCGCUUUUAAAGGCGGUGUUUACACCCCAAAGGUGUACGCCGACCACCGCCAUGAGCUGCUGGCCGCAUUCUACAGCGCCAAUGGCUACAUUGAGCGCAGCAAAAUCUCAGGAUCGGGGAAGUCAAACAAGGACAACCCAUACAAGAUGUUUCCAGAUGCGUUGUUGCUGGAUACAGUCCUGAUCAAUCGCAACGUCCUUGAGCCGGUGUCUGUGCUCGUAAACGAGGCAAUCGCAACAGCCGGUUGGCGUGACAUCAGCAUAAUGCUACCGGCAUCAUUAACUGCGACGGAUUACUCUGCACUGUUGGAACAGAUAAAGGGCGCUAGCAAAAACGGAUACGUGGUAGCAGGCCUCUAUGUUUCCCUGGCCUUCGAGGAGUCUCUCGUGAAACACAUAGUUGAGGCUCUUAAGGAACGUUUGGGCGCCAAGAAGCUUUUGGAUACCGCUUCUAACGCUGUAGAGACUCUGGGAGAUGAGGCAAGUGCCCUAAUGGAUGACGAUGCCACCUCCACGUUCGCCGAGUGUUGGGCGAUAGCGUCGUCCGAGCUCUAUGAGCGCAUAGAAACGCCAAUGGUAGCCCUCAUCCGCAAAGUAUGCGUGGUUGAUCGGCCAACUCAUGGUCACAGCGGAUUUGACGUGGAGGCUGCGACGGAGAAAUUGAAGGACAACCACCUGAAAUUCGAUUGCACCUUGAAGGUGAUGGAGAAGCUCGGUGGCGGCACCGUCGAUGGCGCUCACCUCAUCAUGAAGACGCUGGCUAAGGAGCUGCUUCCUGUCGACUGCCACUUGUUGUUGCAGGUAUACGCGACUCAAAACUUCAUCGAAAUCCCGGGAGAGAACGGCGAGAUAAACGCUGGUAAUAGAGCUGCCGUUGUCGAGUCGAUAAAAGACAAGGAGGUGAAGGCCGAUUUUAGCGCAUAUCUCGACGCCAUAAAGCAGAAGGACGCCCUCAAGGGCAUUGAAGCCUCACGUUCGCUGAAGGCCGCCAUGUACAUCGCAUGCAAUGUGAAGAAGGAGCGGAAGCGUUUCCUCAAAGUGCAGUCCACGCACUACGAGCAACUUUUGGCAUCUUUGGGUUGUGACGAUGCACUGAAAGCUGCCCACUGCGCUCUCAUGCUGGGACUGCUGCGCAACGGGCACUACGUGUUCUUGGUGGACAAGGACUGGUGUCUGCGUGGGUGCGUCGAAAACCUCGCGGAGUUCGUGGGCAAACCUGAUGUGAUCGAGGCAGUGCAACGAUGCGUGGAAGGCAAAGGUGAGUGUCUAUACGCAUCAACCAUAUAA